AUGGCCUCAGUAAUCGAUUCAUCGUUUACCAUCUCAAAGAGCGUGGUGUCCACUAAUCACGUUUUUUCUGCUUUUGCACUCAUCGGCUUCGUUCUACUCAGUGUCCUUCUGCCGCUCCAUAUAAAAGCAAGAAAUAUCGGUACAUGCGCACUCGUUAUAUGGAUAGGCUUGCUUUGCUUGAAUGGAUUCGUAAACUCAAUCGUAUGGAACCAUAAUGUCACCGAUUGGGCACCUGUGUGGUGUGAUAUAUCUUCUCGUUUGGUGAUUGGCGGGAGAAUUGGUGUGCAGUUAGCGUGCUUGUGCAUUGCUCGUCAUUUGUACCUAGUAACAAGAAACAUAAACACUAGCCAGCUUAGUCAAGUCAGGCCUUGGAGAGCCAUUGUAUGUGACUUUCUUUUGGUUAUAGGAGUUCCAACAUUGUUCAUGGUCAUAUCCUAUAUUGUUCAAGUUUUGCGCUUUGUCAUUUACGAGGAGAUAGGCUGCUAUUUUGCGUUAGACAACACGCAGCCCAGUUACCCGUUGCGGUUGAUAUGGCCGUUCUUAGUGUCCCUUAAUGUUGUUGUCUACUUAGGCGUUACUAUCCGCACAUUGAUACAGCGGAGAGCCGGAUUCACAAAACUCAUCCAACAUGAUGAACACUUUUUCCAACUGUUGACACUGGCCGUUGUGAUAGUCACUUGCACAUUUCCGUACAGUCUAUGGGUAAUUGUAGCGGAUGCAACUGGAACUGGAAAUCCAGUUUCUCCCUGGUCUGGGUGGGAUAAUCUACAUGGCGAUAUCCCACAUGUUGUCAAAGUUCCAGCUGUUGAGUGGCAAGCGACAAUACCUGUGCAGGUGGCUGCUUUACAGUUCGAGCGAUGGGUUCAUGUGAUGUACGCCAUCAUGGCCUUUUCUUUUUUUGGUUUCACAACAGAAGCAAAGAAGAGCUACCGUGCUGUAUUGGGCUUCCUUACUAGCUCCUUCGGUACUUUGGCGAUCUACAUAGGUCGAAGUAAGGAGUGCGUAUCACGUUUCUCGUUUUCCUGCCAAUUCCACUGGUCGUGA